AUGGUUACCCACGGUAGUUCAUACAAACUUUUAAGAAAUCUUGAAGCUUUGAAUGAACCCCAUGUCCAAAUGCAUAGAGAUGAUGCACUGCAAAUACUAAGGAAAAAUUUAAAAGCCCGCUUAACUGAAGCCUAUGAGUCUAAUCGUCAUCAGUAUAACCUGAGGUCGAGACCUAUAAUUUAUAAGGUGGGCCAAGUUGUUUUUCGUAGAAAUUUUGCGCAGAGUUCACAUGAAAAGAAAUUCAACGCGAAAUUAGCCCCUCUUUUCAUCAAGGCAGUUGUUAAAGAAAAAGUAGGCAGUAAUUACGAUAUAUUGCAGGAUGCUGAUACCACAAAUAUUGGCACGUACCAUGCCAAGGACAUUCGUCCUUAA